AGAGAGUAUAUAUGUACAACUUCUAUACUCCACCGAUCAAUAGAGUAAACCAAAAUACACGUGAGAUUUUGUGCUCCACCGGCCAACGGGCCGGGCACAAUGCUAGUGUUAAAAUAGAUGAUGAGGAUGCUGCCUUAAUUCUGUUAGUAUCUUUGCCACAGUCAUAUGAGAAUUUUGUGGAUUCUUUUAUUGCUGGGAAAGAUAGUAUGUCUUUGGAAGAUGUCAGAUCUGCUCUACAUACUAGAGAGGUUCGACAUAAGGCAUCUGGUUCAGGUUCGGAAAAUCAGGCAUCUGGGUUGGCUGCUACUAGUAGUAGGAGACAACAAUCUGGUAAUAGGAAGGCGAAUACAAAUUCGAAUUCUGCUGGUUUGAAGGAUGAUAUCUGUCAUUACUGCAAGGAGAAAGGACAUUGGAAAUUUGAUUGUCCUAAGCUAAAGAAAUAUCAGGAGAAGAAGGAAUCAUCCGCUGCUGUGGCGGAAGAAACUAACUCUGAUUCUGAAGAUGGUUUAGCCUUAGCAGUGAAUGAACAGGUACAUCAUCAGGAUGUGUGGUAUUUAGAUACUGCAGCUGAUUAUCAUAUGUGUCCAAGCAGGGAGUGUUUUUCAUCUUAUGAGCAGAUAGAUGGAGGACAUGUUUCUAUGGCCAAUGGUGCUUUCUGUAAGAUUGUUGGAAGAGGCUCCGUCAGAAUGAGGACACAUGAUGGUUCUGUUCGCACCUUGAACAAUGUUAGGCAUAUUCCAGAGAUGACUAAGAAUCUGAUAUCUUUGAGUCUACUGGACAGCAAGGAUUUUAGCUUCAAAGGUGAAGGUGGAGUGUGUCUGUCUACAAGGGUUCUAAGGUGAUUUUGAAAGGUGUCAAGCGGGGUGCUUUGUAUAAUCUACAAGGUUCUGUUUUGACAUGUUUUGUUGGUGAUAAGUGCACCAAACUGGUUUUGAAUGGCAAGUCUCAGCAUGGGUUGGACUUGCCGAAUGGUUUGAGUUGUUGACCGCCCUUAGGGGCAUUUAGAGGCAGGGGAGAUUCUGGUACAGCUGAUUUGGAGAAGUUUGGUAUGUCUGGCAAUCUUGAUUGCAUCUGAGUUUGGCGAUUUGCAUCGCGUUUGGGUUUGGUGAUUUCGAUCACGUCUGGCACAUCUGGCAACUUUGGUUGCGUCUGGUACAUUUGGUAUUUGACAGAGAAUUCAAGUCAAGGUGGAGAUUGUUAGAAUAUGACUUGAAUUUGAUUUGGGUUUGUUUUGUGUUUUAGGCCUAUUCUGUUUGGGUUUGGGUUUUGUUUUGACUUUUUCCUUGUAUGUUUGGGAAAAGGUGUUUGGUAUUCUGUUUGGGAUUAGGAGAAGAGUUCUAUAAAUACUCUUCAUCACCCUAGUAUGUAGUGGGGGUCAGUCAGGGUUAGUUUGUUUGGUUUGUCCGUUUGGAAUUUGGUUUGUAACCUGUACUCUCCUCAAAUUAGUGAAAUUUGUCCCCCUGCCCGUGGAUUAGCUAGCACACAUUGUGUUAGCGAACCACAUUAAAAUUGUGUUCGUUCGUGUUGGUUUCAAUUGCCACGCUUCUGUUCUGACAAACCUCUUGCAAGGCUAUAGCAUCGGCGGGAAGGCUCCGAGAAUAUGAAUUGUGGUUAUCUAAGGAGGUUUACUUUCUAUGAUCCUUCGACCUAUCACUAAGAACGUGUUGGACAUAAGAAAAUUUGAUCUCGUAUGUUAAUUUUGUUCUUCUUGAAGCUACUGGAUCAUUUUUGUUUCUUAUGUAAUUGUUUGCAUCAUAAAUAUGAUGACUUGAAGGGGUUAGUCUAGCCAGAGGAAGAACAAUGUCCAUAGGCGAUACUAGGGAUAAUGGAGAUCUUUUCGACAUUAGAGCAAGGGAUGUUGAAGAUCUUCUUGUGAGUUGUGGCUAUCCAAGGAAUGAUAGAUUGCUGCAAAAAUUAGAACAAGUGAUGGUGUAGAUCUUUCAAAGUGGCAGUUCCAUAAUCAUCGGCAUCACAAGGGUCUUGGGAAUGCCUAUAGUCUUCGGAUGGUGUUUUUGUACUUUACAUUUUCUAAAUUAGUAAAUUUUCUAUUUUAACAUUUUCAAUGUAAGAAUAAUACACUACAAAAAAGAUGAGGUUUGGGGACGACAAAAGUCGUCCCCGGAAAUAGGAAAAAUCGUCCCUAUAGUUGUUGGGGACGACUUAGUCAUCCCCAAAGAGUGGUUCCCUAUACUCUUGUCCUCUAUUCUUUUGGGGACGACAAAAAUCUAGGUCGUCCCCAUUACUAGGGACGACAGUCAUCCCCAAUACUCGCAAGUCGUCGUCUCGUUUAUUGUCCAUGAAAGACAAAAUGUCGUCCCCAUAGCUAUAACUGUAGCGACAAUAUGUCGUCCCCAUAGUAAUAACUUUAGCGAUAAUAA